AUGACCAAAAGCGAGAAAAUCGCUGCCAUCGAUGCGAUCGCAGAAGAUCCUUCUGUGACGCUCGAGAAUUUUGCACACCUUGAUAUCAACAAGAUAUUGAGGAAGAUUGACAUGAGACUGGUUCCCAUGUUGACUGUUCUGUAUCUCCUCAGUUUUCUAGAUAGAGGUAACAUUGGCAAUGCGAAGAUUGAAGGUCUAGCUGAAGAUCUGCAUCUCACGGGUGCAGAGUACAACUGGUGUCUGACUGCUUUCUUCUUCACAUAUUGCGCUUUCGAGGUUCCGAGUAACAUGUUGUUAAAGAAGUUGAGACCUUCGAUCUGGCUACCAUCUAUCAUGGUAGCUUGGGGCAUUGUCAUGACCUUGAUGGGCUUGGUGAAAGACUUCAAUGGCCUGCUUAUUGCAAGAAUCUUUCUGGGUGUGACUGAAGCCGGUCUGUUUCCUGGUGUAGUCUUCUAUAACACAAUGUGGUACUGCAGAUACGAAGUUCAGGUCCGCCAAGCGUAUUUCUUUAGUGCAGCGAGUGUAGCUGGAGCUUUUAGUGGAUUGUUAGCCUAUGGCAUCUCAUACAUGGAGGGUGUUGGAGGAUUGGCGGGAUGGAGAUGGAUCUUCAUCCUUGAAGGUUUACUUACCUUCCUUGUCGCAAUCAUCGCCUAUUUUGUCUUGGUCGACUAUCCCGAGACAGCAUCUUUCUUGACGGUCGAGGAACGUGCUUUCAUCACUUACCGCCUGAAAUAUGAUGGUCAAGACGCCAACACAGAGCAUGGCUAUAGAGUCGCGCAGACCGACCGUUCUGACAAGAAGUUCCUCUUCGCCGCCUUCAAGGACUGGCAAAUCUGGAUCAAUGUUGUCGUGUACUGGGGUUAUGUCUGUCCAUUAUAUGGCGUCUCGCUGUUCCUGCCAACAAUCAUAAAAGAGCUGGGAUACAAGACGACAACAGCACAACUGCUGACAGUACCCAUCUAUGUCGUCGCAUCUGCGAUCACGAUUGCAGUAGCAUAUGCGGCUGAUCGGAAACGGCUUCGCUCACCAUGGAUCCUCGUUGGGUUGUGCUUCCAAGCUGUUGGCUUUAUCAUGUGCAUUGCGACCAGUCAUCCGGGAGUUACAUAUGCUGGCAUCUUCAUCGCAGCAUGCGCGUUGUAUCAGUGCCAGCCAAGCAACAUCACCUGGCUAAGCAACAAUUUGUCGGGAAGCUACAAAAGAGCUGUGGGGAUGGGCAUCCAAAUCAGUGUUGGAAACCUGGCUGGCGAAGCCAUGGCCAGCAAUUUCUAUAGAAGUGCCGACGCUCCGAGAUAUAUUCUUGGCCAUGGUCUAGAAAUCGGCUUCAUCUGUAUGGGCGUUGUGGCUCUUUUGAUCCAGGUGUUCAACUACUGUCGAAUCAACAAGCAAAGAGAGGUUGCGUUGGCGGAAGGAGAGGCUGAAAAAUACAGCCCUGAAGAGCUGGGAGAACUGGGCGACAAAGCAGUGACGUUCAGAUACACUCUUUGA